AACUUGGAAAAACAAAUUGUUUGUCUCCAACGUCUGACGGAACUCCUGAAGUAGUUAUCAAUCCGUCAAAUGAAGCACAUUUGCCUAUUCAAAAAAAUGAGACUCAAACUUCGACGAUGUGGCAGUCACAGAAUCGAGAAGACUUUUAUCUCGUUUGGGUGAGUGAUAUAGGCCAAUUCCAUUCUGUUGAGCAGAUGAUGAAAAAUCACCCACUCCAGCUGCAGGAGAAGUUCUGGAGAAAGAGAUCGACGCCAGUUCCAUAUCAACAUUACCGAUAACUACAAAAGUCAAAGCUUCAAUGUCAGUCCCAGGGCCACCGAAACAAAAGUCAAGUUUGAAACUAAAAUCAAGUCCUCUGGUGACCGACAUACCCUUAUCAUUAAACAUAAGUGGGUCAGAUGGUGUAAAAUUACCUCCAUGGAUUAUCACUACGAAAACAAAUCUUCAAUUCAAAUGUCUACUCUGUAAUCAAGAGCUAAUGGGAUUCAAAAACACUUUCCAACACGCUAAAAGUUGGAGACACAUGAAAAAACUUGAUGUACGACGAGAAAAGCAGUGUUUCACCAACGAGAAUAAUAAUCUAUGUGGACCAUUGGUAAAUAAGAUCGGGAAGGUGUGCUGUGAGAGCAAGGGAUGCCUCUCAGGUCCAAAAUUAAAACGAUUACCAUCAAGCAGAAGGGAUGUGAGGGCUGGGGAGCUGCCCCAGGGAAUUAUAGGUACUAACCGACCUUGUUUAUUCAAAUGUGUCAUUUGCAAUUUGAUAGUAAAGACAUAUAUAAGAACUUUCGAGCAUGUAAAAGGCAAGAGACACCUGCAACAACUGGAUUUACAAGCAGGAAAAAAACUCGCAAGCGAGAACAAUAGCCAGUUGAAAAAAAAUAUGAACAAGCUAUCUAAUAACACACCUCCAAAGCGAAAACCAUCGCAGAAGAAAAUCAGAGUGCCAACCAUGCCAUUGUCGUGGAGACUCGAGAAUAGGGAUCCUGACCCUCCAGUGCCUCCCGCGAGAUCCCAAGGCCCCAGGAAGGUUCCCCCUGGGAAGAGUAAGGAAGCCAUCCAAUCGUGGAGGACUUCGGGACGAAUUUCUUACGCUGACAAGGUCAAAGAGGCACUCACAGAGUCAGGAAAAAGGAAGAAAAGGAAAUCGAAACGUCGGAUUUCUAAGGGACUACUGACAUGUCACCUCUGUGCUGCCACAUUCGAGAGUCGGUUUUCUAAGGAGCUCCACUGUCACAUGACUAGCCACGUCUGGAACCGGUUCGUAAAAUCAGCAGAAGAUGCAGCCCCCCACGAUGUGAAUAAACUGCCUGACGAAAGUCUAAAAGAAAAAUCUGGUGAAUCCGAAGACGAAGAAGAUCUCGAGUUUGAUCCCGGACAAUCGACGCAGGUAACAACGGACAGAUUCCCGAAUUUCGCAAACCAAUACCUGGACAUCUCCCAGAGUCACAAGUUGAACAUCUACGCAGUCGAUAAGCAGAAGAUAAAAUAUUUGAAGCUCGGGGUUCUCCUGUCCUUCAGCAUCGACAGAGACAGGAUCUACUGUCUCGUAUGUCGAAAGAGCAUUGAGAAUUCCCACGAAAACUUCUACACGCAUUUGUGCUCAGCCCAUCAUCUCCAGUACCUCCAACAGAUGAUGAAGGAUCACGAGACUUUCAAAGGCUAUCCGGACCAGCUGAGCGACCUAGCUCUCGCUCACGAGUAUAUGGAGGAGCUCUCGGAUAACGUCGUCCGCUGCCACGGAUGUGGGACUUCCACUGAGAAUGACUCACUCAAGUUGAAGGAGCACAUAGAGGAUCCAAAUCACGUAACCAAGUGCUUACCCCUGGGUGCUAACGCCAAGAACUGGUUCACUGCCUUGUGCUCAGUUCCAAAAGCUAAUUUCUACAGCACUUGGAAGUACUGGUGUGUCCCCUGCAACGCCAGACGGACCACCGAGGCUCAAUUCCGAAGGCACUUGAGACGCGAAGCGCAUAAGCAAAGAAUGGAAAAUUUAAAGGACACAAUUAUGAUUUUCGAUUACUGCGUCAGCUGUGCAUCUCUCUGGUACGGCUUCCUGGAGACAUUUUCCUACCACUCGGAGUGCAAAAUGCACAAGCACCUGGCGGUAAACAGUCCCUUCGUGGUCAGCGAACUGCCGUACGCAGCGAAGAGGCUGCUGCAGGCACCGGAGAAGACAAUCGAGCAGAUUCUUGCGAGAAUUGAGGCCUGCAGAAUCGACAGCAAAAAGCAGGAGGAUCUGCUGAUCAGGGAUCUGGUGAGGAUUUCUGUCGAGGCUUAUCCCAAGGUGAAGGUUUACCCCUUCGGUUCCAGGGUCUCAGGACUGGCCGGACGCAACAGCGACCUGGACGUCUUUCUCGACUGCGGCGGCAAAAUCCAACAGGCACUUUUUCAAAUUACAAAAAUCCAGCGAUGCCUGGAGAAAGAUGUUCAGAACUGGAAUAUUUGUCGGGUGAUUCGAGACACCAGAGUUCCCAUUAUAAAGGCAAUUCAUAAGCCCACGGGAAUCGACUGCGAUAUAUCGUUCGACAAUGACUUGAGUGUGGAGAAGACCAAGGUGAUCAAGACCUUCUGCGAGAAGUGCCCUGACUGUCGUAGGCUCAUUAUCUUUCUGAAGAAUUGGAUGGGUCACUGCGAACUCUCUGGGCAGCAGGGGAUAUCCAGUUACGGCAUCGCCUGGAUGGUUGUCUACUUCCUCCAGGUGAAGAUGAUCAUUCCGACGAUUCAUGAACUGAAGGAGAGGAAGAAAGAGUCGAGGAGCUGUGGAAGCUUGAAGACGCUUAUCAGCACUGAUUUUCAGGCUGCUGAUCAUGGCCAGGGGUUCAGGGAACUUCUGGGGGAGUUCUUCAAAUUUUAUGAACUCUUCGAUUAUCGAGAUUACGUGAUUUGCCCCCUGGUGGGAAGACCUGUGGCGAAAGCAGAUUUUCAGUGGUCAGCUGUGCUACCUCAGGAUAUGACGACUUACAUAGAUUAUUUUUAUAAGGAGAAGGGGAAUCAACAGUUUAGUCUUAAUUCGACUAUGUGCCUCCAGGACCCUCUCGAUUUAGCUCAUAAUAUUACUAAAUCUAUGCAUAAGUGGAUGGUCAACAGGUUCAAGAGCUUCUGCUCCUUCAGUGCACAAAUUCUUGAUUGUAAUGCCUAAAGCUCACGUGGAAGGGGAGGAUCAGAGCUUUUUUUAGUUCGAUGUUAAUUUUGUGUUUAUGUUUUGGAUCGAAGACAUUAGGCCCCUCAGUUUUUUAAGACUUUUAUGGCGCAGUCAGGAAGAAUUACUUAGUCCUUUCCGCUGAAUUAUCGGCGCAUUCGCAAUGUAGGACAUCAAUUUCUUAAAAUUUAAACUUGGAAAUUUAAAUUUGUUACUUUAAAAAAAAAAUCAGCAGUAUAGUGAUCUUUUCUAUUCUCCGCGCCUAAUCAAUUCCUUCAGGAGACGGCCAUUCGUGUUAUGACGAUUUAACCCUGUUGAUUGAUUUGAAUUUAUUAAGAUGAAACUGAAUAUUAAUUUCAACGUCAGUAUUUUUGUUCUUGUCCUAGUGUGUCCUUUAUGAUCGGUUGGAACUACUAUCUAUUUUGUGGCGUCAUCAUAUUUAAUAAAAUUGUAAUACUUAAUCAAAUUCGUACAAUAUAGAAUAUUUACAUGAGA